GAAUGGAAUGGCAUUGAAUUAUCGACGCAGAGUAAUUGGCAAUGGCAACCACCAAAAUCAAAUGUGGAUUUUGAGUAAAUCGGAUUUCCAAAUCGAAGCAAUCCAACGAACGAUCAACUGCUCAAUCGCCAAACAUCGCCCUAUUCCGUUCAUUCGCCAAGCGCUGCUGCUGCGACGUUUUUAUCAUUUCAAUGAAUCUCAUGCCCUAAGCUAGCUAGCUGCGAAUGGAUUGAGAAAGAGGGCAAAAUAUACUGUUCGUAUGGGUGUUUUGUGAUUCUCAUUGGGGAUUGCAUUGCUGAAGCUUAAAAUGUCUGUCGCCGAGCCGAACAAGAUACAACAGAAAGCGUGCGUACGAGAUAAUAAUAAUAAUGACAAUAACCAUAAUACAGGGAAGCUGUCUUCUGCUCCAAUCCAUGAAUCAGGGGGCGUAGUGCAGGGGAAACCGUCUUCUUCUGCUACCCCUGAACCAGGGUGCAUAGGUAAGCAAUCUUCUGCUGCUAACCCUGAACCAGAAUGCAAAGCGAAGGGAAAACCGUCUUCUGCUGCAACCCCUGAAUCAGGGUGCAAAUCGAAGGGGAAAUCGUCUUCUGAUUCAAUCCCUGAAUCAAGGUGCAUAGGGAAGCCAUCUUCUGCUGCUACCCCUGAACCAGAGUGCAAACUGAAGGGGAAACAUUCUUCUGCUGCGACCCCUGAAUCAGGGUGCAAAAUAAAGAGGAAAUCGUCUUCUACUGCAACCCCUUGCAAAGUGAAGGGGAAAUCAUCUUCUGCUGCGACUUCUGAAUCAGGGUGCAAAGUGAAGGAGAGAUCGUCUUCUGAUUCGAUCCCUGAAUCAAGGUGCAUAGGGAAGCCAUCUUCUGCUGCUACCCCUGAACCAGAGUGCAUAGUCAAGGGGAAACCGUCUUCUGCCGCGGCGCCUGAAUCAGGGUGCAUAGGGAAGCAGUCUUCUGCUGCUAACCCUGAACCAGAGUGCAUAGUGAAAGAGAAGCCAUCUUCUGCUUCGAUCCCUGAGUCAGGGUGCAUAGGGAAGCCGUCUUCUGAUGCUACCCUUGAACCAGGGUGCAUAAUGAAGGAGAACCCAUCUUCUGCUUCGAUCCCUGAAUCAGGGUGCAAAGUGAAGGGGAAGCCGCCUUCUGCUGCAACCCAUGAAUCCGGGUGCAUAGGGAAGCCGCCUCCUGCUGCAAUCCAUGAAUCAGGGAGCAUAGUGAAGCCACCUACAAACUCUGAAUCAGGGCUUUGUCUCUCUGACCUGUUGCAAAGGGAAGCCUCUUCGAAUUGGAAUAGCCAGUCCUCAAGGGAUUUGUUCAACUCCAUUUCCAGUCCGCAAAUGAGGCUGAAGGGUCUGUUAUCUGAAGAUGGCAACAGAGUCUGUGCCGACUGUGGUGCGCCGGAUCCAAAAUGGGUAUCCUUGACAACCGGAGCAUUCAUCUGCAUAAAAUGUUCUGGAGUACAUAGAAGUCUGGGAGUGCAUAUAUCAAAGGUUGUGUCGGUGAAGCUCGAUGAAUGGACUGAUGAGCAAGUCGAUACUCUAGCUGAAAUCGGUGGAAACACUGUGGUGAACUUAAAAUAUGAGGCUCACAUUCCUGCUAAUUAUAAGAAACCAAAACCAGAUUCAUCUUCGGAUGAGCGCAACGACUUCAUUAGGAGGAAAUAUGAACUGCAACAGUUCAUCAAUCCAGAAACACAGCUUUCUUGCCCGUUUCCAUUCCCAACGAACGAUCAUUCCAGUUCUUUGGACAACGGCACUGCUGAUAAGAAGCACUACGAGAAGCAGUCGACUAGUAAAGGCAUUCAAAGUAUCGGGCUAGCGUUCCGUAAUAGCUGGAGACGAGCAGACCACAAGUCUUCCAAGAAGAGCAACUCAAUGGCAGGUAUGGUCGAGUUUGUUGGACUUAUUAAGGUUAAUAUCGUUAAGGGCACCAACUUAGCUGUCCGAGACAUGAUGACGAGCGAUCCUUAUGUGAUGCUCACACUCGGAAAUCAGUCGAUGAAGACACGCGUUAUAAAGAAUAACCUCAACCCCAUUUGGAACGAAAGCCUAAUGUUCUCCAUCCCGGAGAACAUACCUCCUCUCAAGCUGCUAGUUUAUGACAAGGAUAAGUUCACGACGGAUGAUUUUAUGGGGAGCGCGGAGAUUGAUAUCCAGCCAUUGCUCUCGGCGGCGAAGGCUUCAGAGAGCUCGUUGAUAAAUGAGUCAACCCAACUCGGGACGUGGAAAGCGAGCAAAGAGAAUACGCUGGUUAAAGACGGGGUGAUUAGCUUCGAAGACGGGAAGGUGAAGCAAGAAAUAUCGAUCAAAUUGCAGAACGUCGAACGGGGAGUGUUAGAGAUCGAGCUCGAAUGCGUCCCGCUAACACAAUGAUCGCAACGAGUGAGAUUAAGACUAUUUUUUUUGUUGUAAAAAGUUGUUGUAUCUUAGUAUAUAUGAACAAAAUUGCUAGCUCUUAUAAUGUUUGUUAUGUAUGUAUCUUGUGUAUAUUGUUUAGACGAAAGAAAAUGUUGGAUAUGGUUAUAAAAUAAAUGUUAAUAUUUGCAC